AAUGACAAUUUUCAGGGGUUGGACUUGAUCCACUUAAGACCAAAGAUUAACUGAAUUAUUUCUGCAGUGAAUGUGGACAAGUCGUCUGUCUGUCAGUCUCUUCCUGAGUUUCACAGGAAUAAAGAGGCAGCAGGUCACAGUUGGCUCUGGUCCGAUACGGGAGGCCACAAAAGAACUUAAGGAGGACUGGUUUACCAGAGCACUGAAGUACAUGGAGUCUAACCCAGAGACUCUUGAAGAGCUGAUGAACAAGAAAGUUGCCAUGUCGGAGGGAGACAUCAUGCUGUCAAGCGACAGGAACGCAGUGGGGAGCAUGUGGCCGACAUUGGAGAUACCGUACGUCAUCAGUCCAGAAUUAGCGAGCCACACAGACGACAUCCUGUCGGCGAUGGCGAUGGUGUCUCAACACACGUGUGUGUCCUUCCACAAGCGAACCUCUGAGACAAACUACCUGUUCUUCAAGGCCAGCAAAGGCUGUUCUUCUUAUGUGGGCUUCAUCGGCGGCGAGCAGGACGUGUUUAUCGGGCCCUCGUGCGCCAUGGGUAACGUCGUCCAUGAGGUCCUCCACGCUCUGGGUUUCCACCAUGAACACACGAGGAUGGACCGUGAAGAGUACAUCACAAUUCUGCCUCAUAACAUCAUGGAGGGGAUGGAGAAAAACUUCAACAAGCUACCAGGACAAACCUUUGGUCUUCGUUACGACAUCACGUCUAUCAUGCACUAUGGAAGUGCGUUUUUCUCAGUAAACAGUCUGCCCACCAUCGUACCCAAAGGUGACGCGAAGGACAUGGGACAGAGGAACAAAAUGACGGCUACGGACAUCGAGAGAGUUCGUCUUUUGUACCACUGUGAUACCCCAGACAAGGAUCUGAAGAAGGAGGGCAGCAUUGUUGAGAAGGAGGGGAAUGCACGCGAUUUGAUCCACGAUGUGGUGUUUGGCCUCACGGUGAAGUAAGGUCACGUCUCUGCCGAGGAGGAAACAGACAACCGCCACUGCUUCUCCACCUGCCUCGCUGCAGCACCUCAAUGCUGCCACUAGAGGGCAGAAUAGGAGCAGCACAGGGAUGGUCCUCGCUGAGCGGACACAGAACCCCGUCUUUAAUAAAACCAGUCCAAACCAGAAACUGAUUUGUCUACACUGACAUUUUUCACAUCACAUCAGGCAGCUGCAAGGACCUCACAGAAAGAAUCUGAUAAAAUGUCUCACAGAGCAGAGAAGAUAAAUCGAUUGAUGUUGCACAUCCUGGACGCUUUGGGUUCAAGCUUGUUGAUUAAAUCUUGAAGGAAACUGGUAUCAAA